CACAUUAUAAAUACUACUCCUUCGUCAUCCUUCUUCGCAUAUAUCCUACACUAUAAUCCCAAUUCUCAAUUCGCAAUCUCAAAACCCUUGCUCUUUUAAUUCUCCUAUUCGAAUUUCCAUCUCAAUUCUCAAGAUGCAGAUCUUUGUGAAAACUUUGACUGGCAAGACCAUAACCCUUGAAGUAGAAUCGUCUGACACCAUUGAUAAUGUCAAGGCUAAGAUCCAGGACAAAGAGGGUAUCCCUCCGGAUCAGCAAAGGCUGAUUUUUGCUGGUAAACANCUUGAGGAUGGGAGAACCCUUGCCGAUUACAAUAUUCAGAAGGAGUCCACCCUCCACUUGGUGCUUCGGUUAAGGGGUGGUAUGCAGAUUUUUGUGAAGACUUUGACUGGAAAAACCAUAACCUUGGAGGUGGAGAGUUCAGAUACCAUUGAUAAUGUCAAGGCCAAAAUCCAAGACAAAGAGGGCAUCCCUCCGGAUCAACAGAGGCUUAUUUUUGCUGGUAAACAGCUUGAGGAUGGGAGAACCCUUGCCGAUUACAAUAUUCAGAAGGAGUCCACCCUCCACUUGGUGCUUCGUUUGAGAGGUGGUAUGCAAAUUUUUGUCAAGACUUUGACAGGAAAGACCAUAACCUUGGAAGUGGAGAGUUCAGAUACAAUUGACAAUGUGAAAACAAAGAUUCAGGAUAAGGAGGGUAUACCCCCAGAUCAGCAGAGGCUUAUCUUUGCCGGGAAACAGCUUGAAGACGGAAGGACCCUUGCGGAUUAUAACAUACAGAAGGAAUCCACUUUGCACUUGGUUUUGAGGCUUCGUGGUGGCAUGCAGAUUUUUGUGAAGACUUUAACGGGGAAAACCAUAACUUUGGAGGUUGAAAGCUCUGACACUAUUGACAAUGUAAAGGCAAAGAUUCAAGACAAGGAAGGCAUCCCACCCGACCAGCAGAGACUUAUCUUUGCUGGGAAGCAGCUGGAAGAUGGGCGUACCCUUGCAGAUUAUAACAUCCAGAAGGAAUCCACUCUGCACUUGGUGUUGAGGCUUCGUGGUGGAAUGCAGAUAUUUGUGAAGACUCUGACAGGGAAAACCAUUACCUUGGAGGUGGAAAGCUCUGAUACAAUUGAUAAUGUGAAGACAAAGAUUCAAGACAAGGAGGGCAUCCCACCAGAUCAGCAGAGGCUUAUUUUUGCUGGGAAGCAAUUGGAAGAUGGUCGUACCUUGGCAGACUACAACAUUCAGAAAGAAUCCACCCUUCAUCUUGUCCUUCGCCUUCGUGGUGGCCUUUAAGCGUUUUUCCUCUUAGUGUUACUAAUAUCAAUGUCAUCUGUGUGGAAUAACUAUAUUUUUAGUGAUUUCUCGAAAAAAUUGUGAUGGUAUGAGUGAAAUUUUAAAUUAGAUGUGUUAAAUGUUUGGUAGUUAAAAGUGUAUGAGGUUAAAUGUGGAAUGGAAUAGAUUUUCAAACUAAUAAGAUAAGUAUAUUUGAUUCUA